AAUGCAUAAAGAUUUUUGUAAUCUUAGAUUUUAUUAAAUAAGUCGAAAAUCAAAAAACUACUUAAGAGAUGAUUAUGCUUCCAUAACCAUCAAUUUAAUAUGUUCAAUCUGUAUAUAUAAUAUUUUAUAAAUUCAUUUAGUAUGUACCUAAACCUACUCCCAUUCCAGAAGCCAUUAAAUAAAUAGACAAGAAGAUAAAAGCAUACAAAAAAUUAAUGGAAAGAGAAAGAUAAGAGAAAUUAUUAAGAGCACAAUAAGAAUAAGAUAGAAUAAUUGAAAAUGAAGAUGAAUAGAAAAGAGCCUUAGAUUUUAUGACUAAUCCAUAGAUUUAAGUUAUUGAAGUUUAAGAUGAAGAAAAAUAAUAGGAGGAAAUUGAGACUAUAAUAUAAGAUCCAAAAUAAUAAGAAUCAAUAAUUAAUAGAGAUGAUAAUAAAUUAUCAUAUUCAGAGGCAGUAAAAAAGAGAGAGAAGAUUUAUGAACAUACUUUAUAAAGAAUGUAUGAUAAAAGAUAGAAUCCACUAUUAUUUGCAGUAAUUUAUAUAUGUAUUAAAUAAAGAAAUUAAAAAAGAAAACUCCUAUUAUAAAUAUUACUACUAAGAAUAAAAUUACAAAAGGUAAUGGUAAGAUGGAUCCUGAAGAACAUCGAUUAAGAGUGUAUAACAGGGAAAAUGUACCUGUCAUGCCAGAAUUAAUUAUUCCAUCAUUUACUAUUAAAAAAGACUAAAUGGCUAAAAAUAUCUUAGCGUAUUUGGUAUUUAAGUUCACUAAUUUAAAUUAUUAUAGAAAGAAUAUACUCCUCUAUUUAGAGGGUAUAAAAAUUAUGAAUAUCCAAAAUGUGUUUAAAAUAUACUUCUGGAAGAAAUAGAAUCACUUCCAAAUCAAUGAAUUUUUUAUUUUUCUUUUAAUAAUAAUUUUGUUAUUUUUAUAAAAUUAUUUUUUUUUCUUUGAAAUGUAAAACACCACUAAACCUAAAUCAUGGGAAUUAAGAAAAAAAGAUGCUUCAAAAUAUAAGUUUUAUGAUAAACAAGAUGAAAUAUUAAUAAAAAAGCCAGGUGAAGUAGAUGGUGAAGCCUUUGUAUUAAGAAAUUGUGUCCGUUGUAAGAUCUUCAUAAUGGACUUCUCUGCAUAAAUUCUAAUUGAUGAUUGUUUUGAUUGUCAAAUGUUUUUUGCUGCUGUUGAAUCUAGUAUGUUUAUAAGAGGAUGUAAAAGAUGUAAAGUAAUUACUGCUUGCGGAUAAUUUCGAUCUAAGAAAUGUGAAGAUAUUCAAACUUUACUCUUUACUCAAAGUUAACCAAUUAUAGAAUUAUCAGUUAGAAUGGGAUUUGGUUGUUUUCGUGGUUAUUAUCCUUAAUUAAGAUAACAUUUAUAAAAAGCAAAACUCAAUAUCUGGAAUAAUACAUGGAGUGAUUUACAUGACUUUGAUCCUGAAAAAUAAGCUGAAAUCACACAUUUUUAUAUGGUUUUGGAAGAUACUCGUUAUGAAGAUAUGCUUAAGCCUUUAAAUGAAGUACUUUCAUUACCUAAUUUUACAUGGGCAGAUGAAUGUAAAACUGAAAACUAAGUUAUUCCUUUUACAAGUGAAUAAAGAAAGAAACCAUUUCAUGAAGAAGUACUCUUGAUUUUUUAUCCUGAAGAAUCUUCACGUCUGGAUGUAGAUGUCUUGAGUUCUAGUUUCCAACCAUUACUUAAAGAAAUACCAUAAGAGAUCUUUGCUGAAGAAGACAAUUAAGUUAAUGAUUAAAUGGAAAUAGAAGCACCUGAAUAAUUGUAUUGUUAUUUAGUAAAAUCUAAAUACUAAUCUUUAUUUGCUGAUAAUUGGCUUCUAUUUAAAACAGCAGUGGAAACUCAUUUACCAGCAGAUAAAGCAGCUAAACUUUUAGAUUAAGUUGUAGUUAAUGGAAGAUUGUAAUCAAUAUUUUCAUUGCAUAUUCGUACUGACAAUCAAGACAUUAAAUUAUUAUCUUAUUUAUAUUCACUUUUGGAUAUGAAAUUAAAAUGUAAUCUAAAUAAAGUAUGUGUAAUUGUUCAAAAUUCAAAGGCCAUUGAAGAAUUAACAAUAUUAUUAUUUGCAAACUAAAAAGAUGAAAGAGCAGGAUAACAAUGA